UUUACUUGUCAAGACGCGUCGCUCCCGUUUCCUUCCGAUAUAAAAACCCGUCAAAUGUGUGACAGCGCGUAAUGAUCGGAUCACGUACGAGCUGUCCGUUACAAGAAAUCCUCCAAACAACAAUGCAAACGAAGAACAGAAGCUACAGUGUCUUUAUAGCGGCCCGUGUACUUUUAAACACCAACAAGUAGGAUCUGCAGACAUUAGAAGACAGAUAUUUGAAGGCUAACAGGCUAAGACGCUAACAGCGUUUAAAUCGGAUUGUAUUUGAUCUAACGUUACACUUCGACCUUUCUGCCAUUAUUCGCAGAACACGAGCUUUCCUUUCGUUUUGAGGCCAUUGUGAUCCAUCUCUUCGAGACCAUGGACGAGGCUUCCCCGCCAUCUCUGACCGAUCUGUGCAUGACUCUGGUGAGCUCCAGGCUGGAGCUGUUCUGUGAGAAGCGUGAUGACGGCUCGCUCUUCUUCCGUGAGCCGCUGGUCUUCCCGCAGGAGCUGGCCGACCAACUGCUCUGCAAGAUGGCCACUGAGGGCCUGUUAAAUGACAGCACAGUGGGAAUCUUCCGAGGCGGCCAGCAGUUCCGGUUGCGCCACGCCUACAUCCGCACCGCCCGAAUCUCCGCCGAGGCCUUCCACCGUGCCCUCUGCCCGCACCGCCUCGUGGAGCUAGACGCUUCACGGGUCAACGCCGACCUCACCAUUGCCGACAUCCUUCGAGGUUUAUCAUCCAAUAAAACGGUGGUGGAGGGUCUGCAGCGGCUCGUCCUGAACGGCCUGACCAUGUCUUCUCUGGAGGAGCCCAGCCGUCGCUUAUUCAGCGCCAUGCAGGGACUGCGUGCGCUCAGCGUGUCCAACGUUGACUUCUACGACUCGGGCUUGGUGGACGUGUGCGCGCUGCCUCGUCUGGAGAGUCUGGAUAUCUCCAACACCUCAGUGACCAACCUCACCCCUCUCCUGGGCUUGAGAAGCAGGCUACGCUACCUCACCAUGCACCAGCUGAAGAGGCUGGAAAUGACCACUGCUCAACUGCUAGCUGUGCUCAGUCAGCUGGAGGUUUUACAGCACCUUGAUAUCUCAGAUGAUAAGCAGUUCACGUCCGACGUGGCACGGCAGCUGCUGGAGACUCCUGGCAUCCUGCCCCAGCUGGUGUCUCUGGAUGUGUCUGGACGCAAACAGGUGACUGAUGCAGCGGUCAGGGCUUUCGUGGAGGCGAGACCGGGCAUGACCUUCGUUGGUCUGCUGGCCACCGAUGCCGGAUUCUCUGACUUCCUGUCUGGAGAAGGCAGCUUAAAGGUGACUGGCGAAGCCAAUGAGACCCAGAUCUGUGAGGCUUUGAGAAGAUACAGCGAGAGAGAAGGAUUUGUCAGAGAAGCUCUCUUCCACCUCUUCAGCCUCACUCACGCCAUCGAGAAACCACGACCUGACAUCCUAAAGUUGGUAGCGCUGGGGAUGAAGAAUCAUCCAACCACACUGAACGUGCAGCUGGCAGCCAGUGCCUGUGUGUUCAACCUCACCAAACAGGAACUGGCCUUUGGAAUCCCAGUUCGACUCCUGGGGAAUGUCACACAGCUGCUACUUGAAGCCAUGAAGACAUUCCCCAACCACCAGCAGCUGCAGAAGAACUGCCUGCUUUCUUUAUGCAGUGACCGAAUCUUGCAGGAGGUUCCCUUUAACAGGUUUGAAGCUGCCAAGCUGGUCAUGCAGUGGCUGUGUAACCACGAGGAUCAGAACAUGCAGAGGAUGGCCGUAGCUAUUAUCUCCAUCCUAGCUGCCAAGCUGUCUACUGAGCAAACUGCACAAUUAGGAGCUGAGCUUUUUAUCGUAAAGCAACUCCUGCACAUUGUGCGGCAGAAAACGUGUCAGGGUAUCGUGGACGCCACGUUGAAGUUCACACUCAGCGCUCUGUGGAACCUCACAGAUGAAUCUCCUACCACCUGCAGACACUUCAUAGAGAACCAGGGACUAGAGCUCUUCAUCAAAGUACUCGAGUCGUUUCCAUCAGAGUCGUCCAUUCAACAGAAAGUCCUCGGUUUACUGAAUAAUAUCGCGGAGGUGGGGGAGUUGCACGGUGAGCUGAUGGUUCAGAGUUUUUUGGAUCAUAUUCGCUCUCUGCUGCACAGUCCAGAGGUGGAGGUCAGUUAUUUUGCCGCAGGCAUAUUGGCCCACCUCACCUCACGGGGCGAGAAGGUGUGGACCCUCGACCUGUCACUCAGGACCACGCUGCUGGAGCAACUGCAUUCGGCGAUUCUGAAGUGGCCAACGCCGGAAUGUGAGAUGGUGGCAUACAGGUCAUUCAACCCUUUCUUCCCAUUACUGGAGUGUUUCCAGACCCCAGGCGUCCAGCUGUGGGCCGCCUGGGCCAUGCAGCACGUCUGCAGCAAAAAUGCGGGGCGGUACUGCAGCAUGUUACUAGAGGAGGGAGGACUGCAGCAGCUCGAAGCCGUGAGGUCACACCCCAAAACCCACAGCGACGUGCACCGAUUGGCCGAAAGCAUCUUAGACAGUUUACAUCGCCAUAGAGCGCGCACAGGAUUCACAGGGCCGCCCAAAGUACCCACACAGAGAGAAAAACGUCUCUAAAUAGGAUGCCGCAAAAAAACUGGAAGCUUUUUGUAUGUGUAUGUGUUCACUCGUGCCCAUCCGUAUGACAAUGACGCUCUGCUGCUCUUCUGUCAGGAGGAACGUGCGGAUAAGUUACUUUGCAUAUGUUUGCACACGAAGGAAUCCGUUAUUUAUUUGACAUAAGAAAUAUGUCUCCGUGAUCUGAGGAAAUGUUUAUUUAGACGGGCAGCAGCUCAGAGACUGUGUGAGAGGACGUAUGUGAGAGUUUAUAUGUGUGUGCAUGUGUGUAUUAAAGAGCAUGUGCAUUAGAUUGCUACGUGUGCAUAUUCAGAUUUAGGAAAUUUCAUUUAAAGGACAGAUUUCUGUCCCGUUGGGCAUAAAAUGCAAUAAUGUAAAGACACAACAAAUACAGUUGUGUUACAUAGAAAUACGUGGACUGUUUGUGUGGAAUAUGUUCAAUUGCGUUUGUGAGAGAGAGAGAAAAAAUGAGAUAAGUGCUUGUUAAUGCAUUGAACAGCAUGAGAGCUUUAGGGAUGAAAUAUAUUUUUAUAGACUGUAUAUCACCUGUGGCAGAUGACAAUGUUUAUGAUGUUGUGUUGCACGCAAAGUAUUACGAUUCAGAUUUGAGUUUCAAAAAUGGUACUAAGUGGACUGAAGACGCAACAAGCGCAAACAAAAGAUUCCUCAUGAGCCCGGAACUCUUCGGGACGCAAACGAAACGGGUGGAGAUGAAUAAAAUCAAAGCUUUUGCCUUUGCGGGAAAGGAGGAACGCAUCAAUAAAUGGAUUCUUGCCUCGUAAACCGUUAAGAAAUCAAGCACGCAGACAUAAAAAGGACGCAGAUGAAUGGCACCUUGUAAAAAAGUCAAGCGGAAGAACCUUGUUCUGAUCGUAGCAACUGGUGAUUUGCCAAAAGUCAUUGGAUUUGCCUUUUUGCUAAAUAUUUUUGCAUUGAACUUGAAGUUUGGUUUAAUUUAAACACUAAUGAAGCUGUUAAACAGCAGUUUCAACGUCUUGUUUGAAAUUGCAAUUAAAAAAAUGAUACUCCAUUUCGUUCCUGUGAACUAAAGAAGCUUUUGUAUAUAAAUGUUUGAUUGGAUGUGUAUGCUUCUUUUUCACAGCAUGGAUUUGGUUUUCUCUUCAUAACUGGGCCAUGUAUUAUGAUGAGGUGCUCCGAAUCGCAAAUGUGCUUUGUUCUCUAAAAUCUUAUUGUGUCAUGCAGCUGUUUCUGCAAAGUGCAUGAAAUAAGUAUUUGUACUGUGAUUCUAUUUUUUUGGUUUGGCAACUUCGGCCAGGUUUAUACAACUCACACCACUGCCCGUUUUUGGAUUCAGAGUCACCAUGAACAAACAUUGAUGUUAAAUUUAAUCUGCCGCUGUGUAAAUGGACCAAAUGAGUUUAACUGAACUUUACAGGCCGAGCGUGGAGACUCUCAUCAUGUACGUGGCCCUCCAUUAGGAUGGAUUUCGGUUUUGUGCCGUACCACGCUUCUCUUUCUCACUCAGAGUGUGGAUUGAGCUGCAAAACCAGAGUCAGCUUGUGUCUGCUCAGAUUUACAUUUAUGCAAAUCAUGUUUGGGGAAUAAAAA